CUGAACCAAGUUUCAGUAACUAACUUAUUGAAGAGUUUCUGAGCUACCAAAGCAAAUUUCUUUUCCAGUUACUCACCUGAUCGACAAUCCGGUGGUUCACAUAGAAGAAGCGUCUGACGAUAGUACAAGCAACAGCGACAGGAAGCUCUAUCACAUGAAAAGUUUUUCACGCUCCGCUUCGCCUGUGAUACUUUCAGCCAGUUCCAGUCAGAUUAGCCUCAACAACUACAAUCCUGUCCCUACUAAUAAUCCACCCAUUUACGAGUACUUGGAAAAAUUAACAGAGCCACAAAUUUAUAGAUCUAGAUUAAACACUGCAGUUAGUAAUAAAAGCCAAGAAGCCGAAGACUCGUGUCAGUCUCAGAACAUAAUGACGCGUCGCUCAGACGCGGUCAGUCCUCAAGUUGUCGAGCCAGUUCAGUACGCUUCACUAAUGAAAGAGCUGCAAAGAGCCAUAGUUUGUAAGAAAGAACCUCCGAGUGUCACUUCGCCUUUGAGCAACAGCGAGAGCCACUCCAAGAGUAGCGACGCUGAAUUCUCCAAGGAACUUGAAGCUGCUUUACAACUAAUACAGGAUCUGGAAAGUCCUAAUACAGCUGAAACGCCUUUUGAUCCACCAAUUUCGCGUCCUCUGACAGUUUCCGAUAGCGAAAAGACGCUGAGCGCAUUGGGUUCGAUGAACGAAAUCGCAUCGCCUCCGAUUGGUAAGGGCACUAAUCGGGUGCUAGUGCGUUAUCCCGACUCGCAAAGCACCUCCGGUUAUAGUUCACCCUCGCACGGACCCACCCCAAACUGGUCGACCACUUCAUCAAUCAACGGCAGCAACCAGGACAUCGUCAGGCCGGUGUCGUAUCACAUUCACAAUGACAAAUCCUCCACCGUUAUUUCGUUGUAUACGAAUAAUGAUCAUUCCAAAGGCAAAUCGGUUACUCUAGUCAAUAUUUCCGGGCCUAUACAUAAUUCCACCCUAGUUAAUUGUCCGUCUCCUAAAUUACCCCAUGAACCAUUGAUUGUAUCCAAACCUGAUCCAGCUACUGGGUUGUGGAAUGUCAAAUCGUUGCUGAGGAAGAAAAAACAGGUCGCCAGGCUUUGUCCUGAGUUGGAGAGCGCUAUAAUUAAAUCUGAAAGUUUGGCUUAUUUGUCCGAAGUGGAGCUGAUGGCCAGGGCUAGGAGGAACGAGCAAAUUCAACGGCAAAUUGAAGAAAGGGUGAGCCAACAGCUUGGAGUGCCACGUACUGAGUCAGAGUCGAAUUGUUAGUGACUACUUUCUAUAAAAGUUUCAAUUAUUAUUGUCAAUUUUUGCCAUAUUCUUAUUGUUGAACUUGUGUCAAAAAAAAAAAACGUCCAAAACUUAAUUUAAUUUAUGAUUACACUAUUUGUACCUCUUUGAAUAUUGUAUAUUUAUAAUUAGUGUGUAAAUAUUUUGUUAUACUAGUGAUAAUAUAGUCUAUAUUCUGAUUCUAUUAACUAUAAUUAUUGUUGUAAAUAUUAUUCAAAUUGAACUACCUAGUUUUUUAUUGAAAAAGAAAUAAAUUGAACAUUCCUUAUUAUUAUUAUUAAAACACCC